AUGAUUCAUCCAGUUCAAUUCUUAAUAUCCAGCAGAGACGGUAACCUGCUUUUUUGCGUGAUCAAGAACAUGAUCCAAGUUUUUAAAGUUGACGUCAAAAUCAAUAAUUGUAGCUUAAUUGGUGAAUGGAUCGAUGAGUAUGAUAAUAAACAAUUGAUUAAGGAAAAGGUUGAGCAGGAGCAAAUGAGGCAGCUAGCUGGAAAUGCCACUAAAAAAAUGAAAACCAAUGAUGGUUCUAUUAUUGAACAGCCAUGUAAGGAACCUAAAGUGCCUGUUCCGGGUCCAGGUGCCCCACCUUUAUACCAAUAUAUUAGGUGCCUAACUUUAUCAGAUGAUGAGUCUAUUCUAGUUGCAUGCACUGACUCAGAUAAGGCAGCGGUACUGUUUAAGGUUGAAUUAGAGAAUGCAAAUUGCUUGUCACUACUUAAACGUCAGCCAUUUCCAAAAAGACCCAGUGCGAUUACUUUUUCAGCGGAUAAGGAGUUAAUCCUUGCAGAUAAAUUUGGUGACGUAUAUGUGACUUCUCUUGAGUGUCCUGUUACCAAUAUGACUCCAGAACCUGUUUUAGGUCAUGUAUCUAUGCUUACUGAUAUUGCAGUUACCAAGGAUAAUUUAGGAAAGCAGUACGUAUUGACAGCUGAUAGGGAUGAACACAUAAAGAUAUCUCAUUACCCCCAGACUUUUAUUGUCAAUAAAUGGUUGUUUGGCCACAAGCAAUUUGUUUCAACUCUAUGUGUACCAAAAUGGAAACCAAAUUUCCUAUUUAGCGGUGGUGGUGAUGACUCUAUCUAUUCAUGGGAUUGGCAGGAAGGUAAGCUACUAUUUAAAUUUGAUGUUGGUGAAUUAGUUGCUCCAUAUUUAACAGAUUUUCACUUCCCUCCGGAGAGGUUCUUGCUUCAUGAUGGGACUACCAGAAAAGAGUUAUCGGUUGUGAAAAUACUCUCAUUUGAACAACUACCAUACCUAGCAGUAAUUUUCGAGGCAACAAAGGUGAUAUUUAUACUAGAAUGCAAUAAAUCAACUGGUGAAUUAACCUUGCACCAAAAGCUAGAGUUGAAUUCUAACUUGGUUUCUUUAGCAGUUGCAGAGAUGACUAACCAGCUUGUGGUAUCCUUGGAUGAUCGUAAAAAUGGUCAAGAAGAAUUAAUUAAAUUCUUUAAAUAUGAGGACGGUAAAUUUACAGAAGAUGAAUCCAAAAAUUCUGCUGUAUCUCCUAUUCUCAAAUCUUCAUUGGAGAGGAAUACCAUUUCACAAGUUGACGCUGAUAGCAUAUAUCCGUUAUAUCAUAUCGCCCAACUAAGAAAACGGGGUGAUCAUUAUUCAUAA